GGACACUUAGUUCUCUGUGUCCUCGGUUCCACAUUGUCUCCUCUGUCAGCCGUGCCCCUCCUCCCUCAGGUGGACUCAAUAAUAGAAACUCCCAGGAAAUAGACACAAUUUCACUUCUAACCCUGCAGCAAGCCUGGAGUCUUUUUCAACCGGAUCAGCUUGACAAAGGAACUGAAAAGACUGCCCUGGCUCUGCGAUGGAGACUUCUCUGCUGCUGCUUAGCCUGGGCUUGGUUCUUGCAGGAGCUUCAGAAGUUAUGGAGAUAAGGAAAGAAGAAUUUGCAGAAGAGCACAUGCACGAUGACAUGGCAAACCAGGCUGUUGAGAUAUUAAUGAAUGUGACCCUGUUGGAUAAAAACACCAGUCUCCUUGUGUCCAAGAAUACUAUGUCUUCCUCAUUAUUGAAAUUUGGAAAGAUUCCUUAUGGCAUCCCUAAGGGAAACAGGCUAAGUGAUGCCAAAUGUUGUUGCAAUGAAGUGAUGGUCUGGAGAAAGGUUUCCAAAGUCAAUGGCUCAUGUGGGCUGAGCGACAUCUUUCCCCACGGCGCUGUGGAAAUGACCCGCGGGAUCCAGAAGGUCCCCAGAUGCAGCUGCAGGCGUGGGAAACACCUUGGUGUCAGCAUCUGUGGCAGUGCGGAUCUGGAACUUUCUGUGUGCCAGCUCCCCGCAGGCAAACAGUUUCCCAGGUGCCAAUACCACAGUGUGACCUCACUGAAGAAGUUGUUGAUGGUGCUGACAGGCCAUUCUCUGAUGAGCUGGCUAGUCAGUGGCUCAAAGCUCUAAGCCCCACAGGCCUUUGAGAACGGGGCCCACCUAAGGAGGCUAUAGUCAUGUUGGUUCCUGUUUCUUUCCUUCUACUAU